AUGGGUAACGAAUUUUCUCAACACCACGAAAACGUUGAUAUAACGGCGAGCACGCAUAACUCGGCGAGUUGUAGUUUAACAACGGCACCCUUGGUGUCAUUGUACGAACAAUCGAGAAUUCAACAUUCAAACAAUAACAACAAUAAUAAUUCAUCGACCAUCAAUGAAAAUGUAGAUAUUUGCUUCAUUUGUUCGGAUCCAAUAGAGAUUUAUUCGCUAUCUCAAUGUAAUCAUCGAACUUGUCAUUUAUGUACAUUACGAACAAGAGCUUUACUUGAAUCCGACAAGUGCGCAUAUUGUAGGACUCAACAAGACGAGGUUUUGUUUACACGGGAUUCAAAGAGAUCAUUCCAAGAAUUAAAAUCCUCAUCAAUCAGAUGGAUAACAAUCUCCGAUAUUAACAUUCUAUGCGAAAAUACAUCGAUUUAUCAUUCAACAUCUCGAAUGAUGGAAUUUCAGUGCCCGUCCAAGAAUUGCAACAUCAUAUGUAAUGACUGGCAUGACUUGGUAUAUCACGUACGGAUCGCUCAUAAUAAAAUGUUUUGCAACAUGUGUAUAGUAAAUCGAAAGAUAUUUUCAUUUGAACAUCAAUUAUACACACGAGAGGAACUCAUAAAUCAUUAUAAUGGCAACAACACGACAAAUUCGACGGCAGGCUCAUACUUUAAAGGACAUCCUUCUUGCGCGGAAUGUAAUAUUCACUUUUUCGAUUCAACAGAAUUAUACGACCAUUAUGUAAUUCAUCAUCAAUUCGUUCCAAACUCUAAUUUAUUACGCCAAUCACACGCGACCUCGCAUAAUGAAUAUGGCGAGUUCAUUGUAUAUGGUUGGGGGAAGAUGCGUAAUGUUGGUUAUGUAUUUAAUGAUAAUAUUUUGGGUGUUGAAGGGGUGGUUCUUUAUAAUGAGUUGGGUACUUUAUGGGAUGUGUUUAAUGAUGUUUGGAAAAAUUUGUUGGGAAAAUUUAUCAAGGUCUUUAAUUUCUAG